GUAGCUGUAAUCUGAAGCCUGCUGGACGCUGGAUUAGAAGGCAGCAAAAAAAGCUCUUGUGCUGGCUGGAGCCCCCUCAGUGUGCAGGCUUAGCAGGACUAGACUGGGUGUGGAGCUGCAGCGUAUCCACAGAGAAAAAAUGGUGAUUUGGAGAGCUACAAAGACACGGCACUGAGACCAUGUGUGGUGGCACGCGCCUGCAGUCCCAGCUACUCAAGAGGCUGAGGCAGGAGGAUCACAUAAGGCCCCAGGAUGCAGGCUCUGGUGCUAUUCCUCUGCUUUGCAGCUCUCCUCGGGCACAGCAGCUGCCAGAACGCCGCCAGCGGCCCGGAGGAGGGCUCCCCAGACCCCGACAGCACAGGAGCGCUGGUGGAGGAGGAGGAUCCUUUCUUCAAAGUCCCGGUGAACAAGCUGGCAGCGGCUGUCUCCAACUUUGGCUAUGACCUGUACCGGGUGCGGUCCAGCAUGAACCCCACGACCAAUGUGCUCCUGUCUCCUCUCAGUGUGGCCACGGCCCUCUCUGCCCUCUCGCUGGGAGCGGAGCAGCGAACGGAAUCUGUCAUUCACCGGGCUCUCUACUAUGACCUGAUCAGCAGCCCAGACAUCCACGGCACCUACAAGGAGCUCCUUGGCACGGUCACUGCCCCCCAGAAAAACCUCAAGAGUGCCUCCCGGAUCGUCUUUGAGAAGAAGCUGCGCAUAAAAUCCAGCUUUGUGGCACCCCUGGAAAAGUCAUACGGGACCAGGCCCAGAGUCCUGACGGGCAACCCUCGCUUGGACCUGCAGGAGAUCAACAACUGGGUGCAGGCCCAGAUGAAAGGGAAGCUCGCCAGGUCCACAAAGGAACUGCCCGAUGAGAUCAGUGUUCUCCUUCUCGGUGUGGCGUAUUUCAAAGGGCAGUGGGUAACAAAGUUUGACUCCAAAAAGACUUCCCUCGAGGAUUUCCACUUGGAUGAAGAGAGGACCGUGAGGGUCCCCAUGAUGUCAGACCCUAAGGCUAUUUUACGCUAUGGCUUGGAUUCGGAUCUCAGCUGCAAGAUCGCCCAGCUGCCCCUGACCGGAAGCGUGAGUGUCAUCUUCUUCCUGCCCCUCAAAGUGACCCAGAAUCUGACCCUGAUAGAGGAGAGCCUCACGUCCGAGUUCAUUCACGACAUAGACCGGGAACUGAAGACCGUGCAGGCGGUCCUGACCCUCCCCAAGCUGAAGCUGAGUUACGAAGGCGAAGUCACGAAGUCCCUGCAGGAGAUGAAGCUGCAGUCCUUGUUUGAUUCACCAGACUUUAGCAAGAUCACAGGCAAACCCAUCAAGCUGACUCAAGUGGAACACCGGGCCGGCUUCGAGUGGAACGAGGACGGGGCGGGAGCCACCCCCAGCCCGGGGCUGCAGCCUGCCCACCUCACCUUCCUGCUGGACUAUCACCUUAACCAGCCUUUCAUCUUCGUCCUGAGGGACACGGACACAGGGGCCCUUCUCUUCAUUGGCAAGAUUCUGGACCCCAGAGGCACCUAAUACCCCAGUUUAACAUUCCAGUGCCCUAGAAGGAAACCCCAGAGGGACAGCAGAUUCCACAGGACACGAAGCUGCCCCCGUAAGGUUUCAAUGCAUACAAUAAAAGAGCUUUAUCCUUAA